AUGUCAGUCUAUCGAGUUAUCGGCCUCCCCACGGGCCUGUCCAAGGCCAGUACAAAGGAGAUACUCGAUGAGCUUUUUGGCACAGAGACACAGACGAUAGUCCGCUCUCUGGGUCUGUACCCCCACGCGGACUACCUGGUUGCGAUUGUCAUGUUCUUCCCUGUGCCGAGUCCUUUGCUGAAAGGGCGUUCCUGGAAAUUCGACAAGGUCCUGUCAUUCGAGGGCCGAGUGCGACGUGUCCGGGUUGAAAUCGACACGACCUUUCUCGGUUUCACUCCCUUGAACGUUGUCGAGGACACUCAUGAUAGCCGGAUUGACUGCGUCGUCGUCAGUGAUUUUGGCAGUCACUCUUUUGAAUCUUGGAAAGACGGGGGUGGUCAAUUCAUGUGGCUGGUGGAUGAUGAUGCAGCGUUCCCCCCAAACGUCCGCGUUUUGCUUUACGGCUAUGACACCUCCCUCCGCGGGAGCGAGUCAUCCCAGAAUCUCACCGAAAUUGGCGAUCAACUUGCCAUCUCAGUCCGGAGUGUACGGCCUUUGUCCAACACUCCAACGCGAUCGAAGCCUCGGCCUAUCGCGUUCAUUGCUCAUGGCCUGGGCGGGCUGGUUGUAAAGGAAGCCAUCUAUAGCUUGGCAAAGAAAGACGAUUUCACCGCCAAAAGCGUUUGCGGCUUGGUUUUCUUCGGCGUACCCCAUCAAGGGCUACUGGUCAAGCUCUGGCUUCGCCUUAUCAAAGAGCAGCCAAGCCGGCAGCUUGUGGAGAACCUCAAACCAGGGUCACCUUAUCUAAAAAGGCUAGACAAGAGCUUUAAAGACGCCAUAACUUUCAAGGGCUUGAAAAUAAUCAGCAUUGUUGAGGAAAUGAACACACAGAACUCGCAGAAGAAUAGCAGCGGAGCCGUGGGACGGACCGGAGAUGGAGAAAUGCUGGUUUCUCUCAGCUCGGCUCUGGGUCACUGGUCAGAGUCCGUGUCUCUCGGUCCUGUGGCCAUCAAUCGCAGCCAUGAAAACCUCCCAAAGUUCCGGAGCCGCUUUGACGAAGACUACCAAACAUUCAAGCACUGCUUACUAGACAUGUGGGCGACUGCAAUUGAAGAUGUCCAAAGAAGAUUUGCAGCCGACAAGAAGCCAACCGAUUCGAACAUACCCCUAGUGGAGGAGAGGUUACGAGAAGCUUUUUCAGAAAAGGAUCUGCCUGUCGGACUGAUUCCAAUUUGGCCAGAUCCGCAGAACGAGAACGCAACCGAUAUCCCAACAGAUGUGGACCUAAUCGCCAUCCAUGGUGUUGGAGGCCAUGCCGUCAAGACUUGGACUUGUGGCGAUAGAUUCUGGUUGCAAGACUUUCUGCCAUUGGACUUCCCUAGAGCUCGUGUUUUGACCUUCGGUUUCGACGGAUCGGUAGUCUUCAACGCCUCCAAAUCUAGCAUUGCCAACAUUGCUGCUCAGCUGCUAUCUGGUAUCCAGCAGCUGCGAAAAAGCAGAGCCGAAGCGGCCGAGCGGAAACUGAUAUUCGUUUGCCAUGGAAUUGGUGGGAUGGUCUUCAAGCAGGCCAUGAUCAUGGCCUGCGAGAGUGAAAGCCGAUACAGUGGACUCGGAAAGUCCGUGGCGGGUGUCAUAUUCCUCGGCACACCACAUAAGAAAGCCGACAUGGGCUACUGGUCGGACCUACUGAAGAAGACUGCUUUUCUUUGCGGCCAUCAGCAGACCCUGUUGCCCAGCUUUGAGGAAAGAGCCAUUGAGCUAGGAUUGAUCUGUUCUCGUUUCGAAGAACAUGGUAUGCCAGCGGGCCUACAGGUUUUCAGCCUUUUCGAGCAACAGAUGACCGAGAGUUUACGGUCUGCGGUCGUCGACAAGUCCUCAGCCAUUCUCCAUCUGCCCGCAGAAACUCUUCUUUCACUGAAUGCGGAUCAUGACAACAUGUCAAGACAUCUCACAAGGUCUAGUCAUAACUAUUCGACAGUCUUCAAUUGUAUUGCUGAGUUGAUAGAUACAAUGUCGGGAAAACCUGAAUACACCUUCUUCAACUCAUUGCAACUCAGUUUUAUAUUGAAUCUGAGAACCAAAGACACGGAAAGAGACCUAUCGGUCCUUCCCGUUCACGUUAAUAAGUCGUCCAAGUGGCUGCUCGAACAUCCUGAUUUCAAAUUGUGGACUACGCAACAAGGCCGCCGAAUUACUUGGCUUCAUGGGCCACCCGGCUCAGGCAAGACAAUCCUCAUGAGAGGCGUUGUCGCUCACCUGAUGGAGCAGAGCGAGUCAUCCGGAGACAUUGUCAUUCGAAAACCGCUAUACUUCUUUUUUGACGACAAGGACUCUACACGAAAAACAUCUGCAGCUUUUGUGCGCUCUUUUUUGAGUCAGAUUCUUGUUGACAAACGAAUCUCCUAUCUCAUUAAGUAUCUGGAGGGUCGUAAUUACAGAGAAGAGGCGGAAGUGGAAGACAAUCUCUGGAUAUGUCUUUCGACUGUCAUUGAGAAAUCACGAGGGAUUGUGUUCCAGUUUGUCAUCGACGCGAUUGAUGAAGUGCUACGUAGUAGCUCUGAGGACACAACUACAAUCUUCGGCAGACUCAAGCACCUUAUCACGCAGGACCUGAGUGGCCGGGUUAAACUGAUACUCUCUCACCGCGAGAUGCCGCAGAACGAGUUCCUGGAGACGGAUCUUGCCAUCAUUGAUGCCGACAACGAUUCUAACUGGCAGAAUGUUCAGGCUUUCGUCAGCCGUCAGAUACGAAGACGUGCCACGAAAUCGCAGAUCUCAGACAGUACCAAACAUACUGUGGAAAAUAAGAUUAUGGAGAUUUCUCGAGGGAACUUUCUGCAUGCUAGACUUGCAUGGGACCAGUUUUCUAAGGGCGUCACGAAUUGGUCCCGACAUCAGAUAUCCAAGAGCCUGGAUCAACUCAGUACAAUCUCCCACGGUCUGGUUGCGGCCUACUGCAACCUCCUCAGCGGCAUCCCAAGAGCGCACCAAAGCAAAGCCAGGGCGUCUUUUGUCAUUCUACGAAUCAGUAAAGAGAAGCUAACCUCUCGCCAACUUGCGUUUUUUGCCACCCUAUACACCCAAAGGCUAGACAAGCGGCCGUCAUUAUGGUCUGAACUCCAGCCCCAGAGUGACGAAUUCGAGAAGUAUUUAGCUGAGGCGUGUGGAUACCUCAUAACGAGAGCCGAGGACGGUUUGGUUGAUUUCUCCCACAUUUCUGCCAAGGACCUGUUUACAGGCAUGAAGGGCCUCUCGCCAGAGGAGCAACAAGUGCUUUCAACUUUUGUGGUCUCAGAGGCGGAUGCGCACGCCAUGAUGCACACUUUGUGCAUGUCUAUCUUUCAACUGGAGAAUAGAGAAGCAGACUUCUGGCGCGAAGGUAUCAAAGAUGUGCGUCAAGCUCAGAAGAGAUUGAGAAGCUCAUUCGCCACCUCCUGGAUUUCUCGCGAACAAUUGGACGAAGUAGCCGACUUGGGCGCCACUCACGUCCAGUCAUUCGCUAGAACGCCUUGCUUUGCCUACGCACUCCGACAUUACAUCAGCCAUUAUGAAGCCGCGACUUCCAGCUCCCAUGCUGAUAGCGCACUUGUCACGUUCAUGGCUACUCGACAAGCGUACUACUGCCACAGCAUGUGGUUAGCGAUUCGCAAAAAGAGCUAA